UGGCCGUCCACCUCUAGUUCAACUGAUUGCGAAAAAAUAAGUAUAUUUUUGUUGGAUUUUCGCCUAUAAUUAAAAAACAAACCAUGAAUUUAAUAAGCGGCAUAAAGUUGUACAUUGAAAAAAUGUGCGCAGAGUCGGGGCCGGGCAUGAAGAUCAUCCUGCUGGACAAGGAGACGACGAGUAUUAUUUCCAUGGCCUUUAGCCAGUCGGACAUGCUGCAGCGGGAGGUGUACCUGUUCGAACGCCUCGAUUCUGGACGUUCCAACGAGAGGCUCAAGUACCUCAAAUGCAUUGUGUUCAUCCGCCCCACCAAGCAGAACAUCCAGCUGUUGGCCAAUGAGCUGCGCAACCCAAAAUACAGCGCGUAUUACAUAUACUUUAGCAACAUUAUACCACGCACUGAUAUCAAAUACCUGGCCGAAUGCGACGAGUCCGAGUCGGUGAGGGAGGUGAAAGAGCUCUACGCGGACUAUUUGUGCGUCAAUCCCAAUCUGUUCUCCCUCAACAUACCCAGCUGCAUGGCGAAUCUGAACUGGCUGCCAGAUGCACUGACACGCAGCAUGCAGGGCAUCACGGCUGUCCUGCUCUCCCUGAAGCUGAAUCCAGUGAUUCGGUACCGGGCUGGCUCCCAGGCGGCCCAGCUGCUGGCCAAGAUGAUCUACGAGCAAAUCACCAAGGAUUCGACACUGUUUGAUUUCCGUUCGAAUAUGGAUGGGUCUGCGCCGCCUUUGCUGCUGGUGCUGGAUCGACGAGAUGACCCUGUGACGCCGCUGUUGCAUCAGUGGACCUACCAGGCCAUGGUCCAUGAGCUCUUGCAGAUUAAGAACAAUCGCGUUGAUCUCUCGGACCGACCCAAUGUGCCCAAGGACUUCAAGGAGCUGGUCUUGUCCGGCGAUCAGGAUGAAUUUUAUGGGACAAACAUGUACGCGAACUACGGCGAGAUUGGAGCCACCAUCAAGACGCUGAUGGAGGAGUUCCAGCGCAAGGCCAGCGAUCAGAAAAAGGUCGAGAGCAUAGCGGACAUGAAGAACUUCAUCGAGUCGUAUCCGCAGUUCAAGAAGAUGUCGGGCACAGUGCAGAAGCACCUGUGUGUCAUUGGCGAGCUCUCGGGGCUGAGCAACAAGCGAAACUUGUUCGAGUUGUCCGAGCUGGAGCAGGAGAUUGCCUGCAAGGCCGAGCACUCGGCUCAGCUGCAGCGGAUCAAGAAGCUGAUUGCCGACGAGCGGGUCACCAUUGAGGAUGCCCUCAAGCUGGUGGCCCUCUAUGCGCUUCGCUAUGAGCGUCAUGCCAAUUGCGAUACCUCCAGCCUGCUGCAGAUCAUCAAGUCGCGCGGCGGACGAGCUCAGAUUGUGCCCGCUCUGAUCGAGUAUGCGGGCAACCAUGUGCGCCAGGGCGAUCUCUUUAACAUGGUGCGGAUCACCGAUGCCGUGAAGCUAACCAGAAAUCUGAUCAAGGGUCUGAAGGGUGUGGAGAAUGUCUUCACACAGCACACGCCACUGCUGAAGGAAACGCUGGAGGAUAUAUUCAAGGGACGCGAACUGGAUCCCGUCUUUCCGGCCAUCAAUUCCGAACUGGUCCCAUUCCGACGACCGCCCCAGGAGGUGGUGGUGUUCAUCAUUGGCGGUGCCACCUAUGAAGAGGCGCUGGCUGUGCAUCAGUUGAACAAUUCUGGCUACAAGAUCAUUCUGGGCGGCACCACCAUACACAAUUCGCAGAGCUUCAUCAAUGAAGUGCUAGCGGCCACAAAUGGCAUACAGUUUAAGCACACCAAAUCCAUGAUCAAGUAUUGUUCCACAGACAACAUUUAGAGGAAACUAAAGGGAGAGAGAGAGAGAGCAGAGGAGCAACUACUUAUAUUGUUAACUAUUUAUUAUCUGUGUAAUCGCCCCCACCACACUUAAGCUUAUUCCAUGUAAAAUAUCAUUCGUAUCUCCAGGCCAGUGUGUUGCCAGGGGAGGCCACAAUGUAUUAUAUAUCUACUAUAUAUAUGAAUGUA